UCUAGCUGGUCGACAAGAUCGCACACAAAUGAGGAAUGACUUGGCUAAAAUUAACAAGGCAAUUGCAGAGCAUACACAGCUCUUGGCUCCUUAUCAGUUUCUGACAGCAUUCUCUCAGCUGAUCUCCCGAAUCUGCCACUCCCAUGAUGAAGUCUUUGUUGUUCUUAUGGCAAUCAUUGCUAAGGUGUUCCUUGCCUAUCCUCAACAAGCAAUGUGGAUGAUGACUGCAGUAUCUAAGUCUUCGUAUCCAAUGCGUGUGAACAGGUGCAAGGAAAUCUUCAACAAAGCUAUUAGUAUGGAAGCAUCCUUGGCAAAAUUCAUUGGAGAUGCAGCUCGAUUGACAGAUAAACUGCUAGAGCUCUGUAAUAAAUCGGUUGAUGGCAAUACUUCUGCAUUAAGCAUGGGUACUCAUUUCAAAAGUCUAAAAAAGCUGGUAGAAGACCAAACAUUUAGUGAAAUCAUUAUUCCCUUGCAAUCUAUAAUGAUACCAACUCUUCCUUCAGUUCCCGGCACACAUUCCAAACAUGAUCCUUUUCCUGGAUGUUGGGCUUAUAUUGCUGGUUUUGGUGAUACGGUUGAAAUCCUUCCAUCUCUUCAGAAACCAAAGAAGAUCACUUUAAAAGGUUCUGAUGGAAAAUCCUAUAUCAUGAUGUGCAAGCCAAAAGAUGACUUAAGGAAGGAUUGUCGACUUAUGGAGUUUAACUCUCUGAUAAAUAAGUGCUUAAGAAAGGAUGCAGAGUCACGUAGGCGAGAGCUCCAUAUUCGGACCUAUGCUGUUAUUCCUUUGAAUGAGGAAUGUGGAAUUAUUGAAUGGGUGAACAACACUGCUGGCUUAAGGAAUAUCCUGAUCAAAUUAUAUAAGGAGAAAGGUAUGUACAUGACUGGAAAAGAGCUACGUCAGUGUAUGCUUCCAAAAACAGCACCUUUAUCUGAAAAAUUGAAAAUUUACAAAGAAAGUCUACUUCCCCGGCAUCCUCCAGUUUUUCAUGAAUGGUUUCUGAGAAAUUUUCCUGAUCCUACUUCAUGGUAA